AUGGGAAGGUCACGGCAGCCAGGCGGUCGACGAGAGUGUUCCUUGGAAGCGACAGCGUACUGCAGCUGCGGCUACUGCUGCAACUGGGAGUGGGGCAUCAGCCUGGGCCCGCUCCCGGCCUACAUCGCCCUGCAGCCGCGCUUCCCGCCGGUCUGGGUCCGCAAGAUCGACGCCGGGUGCCCGCUGACGCGCCGACGCGCCACCGUGUUCGAUAAGUUCUGGACGGCGACGGAGGCGCGCGGGUGCCGCUACGAGGGCCUCACCGCGAGCGGCACGCAGCCGCGGCAAGCGCGCCGGGGACUGCUGCAUCCGUCGGUGUGGAGCAAGCCGAAGAAGCUGGCCGCGCGGCUGAUGCAGCCGUGGACGUGGCUGGGGCGGCAGGGCACCGCGGCGGCCGACACGGCGUACUACCCGUUCGGGACGCAGAUCUUCGUGCCCGAGCACGGCUGGGUGAAGGUGGAGGACACGGGCGGGGCGAUCAAGACGCCGCGGCGGCUGGACCUGUACUACCGCUCGCACAAGGAGGCUCUGCGGUGGGGGCGGAGAGAGGUGCGCGUGUCGGUGAUCGAGCCCGGGGAGGCCGCCAUCGACCGCGCGCUGAUGCCGGCGCCGUUCAAGAGCCUCCUGUGGGGCAUGGACGCCGUCAAGCACGCCCUGUUCUGA